UAAUUUUUUACCCAACAUCUUGAAAAUAGAAAUUUCCAUCCUACAACAAUUACAACCCCAGACCAGAGAUGCUUUAAAUAAUUUUCUUGUACUAUGGAACCAGGACCCCCUUGCUGCAAACAAUAAAACAGAACGGGACCUAUCUACACAACAUUUGGAAAAUGUUGAUAUGCUAAAUAAUUAUUUUCCAGAUAUAGUAUUUGACGAUCUUACUUUUUCUAUCGAACCUGUAGAAGAAGAAUUAGAUGUACUUUCUUCGCAACCUGAUACAGAUAUUGUACCAAUUCAAGACACAGAAAAUAAACUAAAGAAAGAAGCUGAUAAUAGUAAGGACAAGAUACAGAAGAUUCAUAAUAAUCUCAAGAAAGCUUUAGGAUCCAGACGUGCUGCCCGAGCAUGGAAAUGUGCUGAAUGA